AUGUCGUUAAUAUGCGUUUUAGGGUGUGUUUUGCUCCGCCGCAAAGUGCUCACCCAUCGCCCAUGCUUGUUCGGGUUGUUUUUCUCCUCUGCUUCUUCUGCAUUAAUCUCCGAAGACCACGUGUUCGAUGAAAGUCCAAAAUCUUUUGCUAGUUUUGUGAUUAAUAGGCAUACGCCCCAUGUUGCCGCAAAAAGUAGGGUGUAUUUUCCUUUAGUGUCUAGGGUGUUCAAAUCACUGAGUUGGAGUGUGGCAAGAGAAGUAAGGUUUGGGCGUUGGGUUGAGAGUCAUGGGUUUUCUCACUCAAUCAAUUGCUUUAGGAUUAUCGUUCAUACGUUUGCUUUGGCGGGGAUGCAUUUGGAAGUGUUUGAUUUGCUUAGUGAUAUAGUUGGGUUCUGUAAUGAGACCAAUUAUGAUAUCUUUAAGUUGUUUUCAGCUUUGGUGGAUUCACCCCACCAUUUGGAAAGAUCAGGCAUUGUGUUCGAUGUGCUCAUAAAAGUGUUUGCAUCCAACUCUAUGCUGGAAAAUGCUAUUGAUGUGUUUGUGAAUGCUAAGCAUGUUGGGCUUGAGCCUGGUAUAAGGACUUGCAAUUUCUUGUUCAAAUGUUUGGUUGAAGCGAAUAGAGUGGAGUCUGUCAGAUGGUUUUUUAAGGAAUUAAAGGACAGUGGUCCAUCGCCAAAUAUCUACACCUAUACAAUCAUGAUGAACUUUUAUUGCAGUGAUGCAGAUAUGAGACGGGCUGCUGUGGUUCUAGGAAAAAUAUACCAGAUCGGAGAGAAGCCCACUGUUGUCACUUAUGGUACUUAUAUUCGUGGACUUUGUAAAGUUGGUGAUGUUGAGGCAGCGCUGAUGUUAAUUCACAACUUGCACAAAGAAAAACAGCUUCUCAAUAGUCAUUCUUUUAAUGCUGUAAUUUAUGGGUUUUGUAAAAGAGGUGAAGUGUGUAAGGCUUUGCAAGUUUUGGUAGAAAUGAAGAAGUCUGGGAUAUUACCAGAUGUUUAUAGCUACAGCAUAUUAAUUGAUGCAUUCUGCAAGAAAGGGGAUGUAAUGAGCAGUCUUAGCUUGAUGGAGGAAAUGAAACGCUCCCAGGUACAACCAUCCAUUGUUAGCUACACCUCCCUCAUCCAUGUCCUUUGCAAGAAGAAUCUGAUACAAAAUGCUGUGGAAAUAUUCCGUAGUAUUGGUGCUUCUACUAUGAAAUAUGAUCAGAUUAUUUAUGAAACUUUAAUUGAUGGAUUUUGCAUGCAAGGUGAUGUGGAUUCAGCCAAAAAGCUUUUGAAGGAGAUGACCAGCUAUGGAUUGGUUCCAACUGCUUUUAGUUACAGUAGUCUAAUUAAGCUGUACUACAAACUAGGACUAUACGAUCAGGCAUUGGGUGUUUUUGAAACCAUGCAAAGUUAUGGUAUUUGGCCAAAUAUUAUUGCCUGCAAUUAUAUUAUUGAUGGAUCUUGUAGGGCAGGUUACUUCAACUUAGCCUUGACACUGUUGGAGAACUUCGAAAAACAUGGACUUAACCUCAACCCAUAUUCAUAUAAUGCAAUCAUCUAUAAACUUUGUAAAGAAGGUUAUCCAGAAAGAUCAUUGGAGCUCUUCCCAAGAAUGCUUAAAAGAAAUGUACUUCCGACAGUUGUUAAUUACAGUACUCUUAUAUCAGGCUUUUCCAAACAGUUAAAUAUAAAAAGUGCUCUGAAGUUAUUCACAAGAAUGGUAGAAGUGGGAAUCAUUUUCAACACUGCCACAUAUACAAUUAUUAUGCGCAUACAUUGCCAUAGUCGCAAAAUGCAUAAAGCAUAUGGCAUUUUUAAGGAUAUGAAAGAAAGGGGUUUGCAUCUAGAUCAGAUUUCAUAUUCAACUUUAAUAGCUGGCUUUUGUAAUGAUAGAGAAUUUAAAAAGGCCUGGGCAUUAUUUGGAGAAAUAUCAAGGGAAGGCUCUUCGCCAAAUGUAUAUACUUAUACUUGUAUGGUUGAUGGAUUUUGCAAGUCAAACCGGAUAGAUUUGGCCACGUGGCUGUUUGAUAAAAUGAACAGAGCUUUAGUUGUUCCUGAUGUUGUAACUUACACUGUUCUCAUUGCUUGGUACCAUAAGCAUGGGUACAUAGAUCAGGCAUAUAAGCUAUAUGACAUAAUGAAGGAAAAAGGUGUGUUGCCAGAUGAUAUAACUCUUAAUAUUCUAGGUCUGAAGGCUGGUGCAGUUCAAGAAGGUUAG